AGAAUUUGCUACUGCGCGCUGGUGUGUUUUUAUUAUUUUUGUUGUCGAACGCUUCCGACGACCGCGCGCGCGUGUUUUUGUUUUGUCUUUUUUUUUUUGCCAGCGAGGUGAAUGGAAUUUUUGGCUAUCGGGACGAUUGGAUGUUUCGUCGAAUGUUUGGAUUUUUGCGGAAGGAGAGAUAGCACGUGCGUGCACCAGGUUCGGUUCGAUUUGAUUAUGGCGAAAUAAGUAUCGAUAGGAACCGCAGGACAUUUAAAAACUAUUCACGGCUCCAAAACGAAACGCGAAAAGGAAUUAGACUAGUCAUUACAUAAUUAUUUAUGGUGCAGUAAGACUUGUGUCUUGUCACACACAGGCCGCAGCUGUCCAUCUAUACUCCAUCGCAAUAGUACGCAGUGCACGUGCACUUAAAAAUAAUUUGCGCAUCUGUUUCGCCGAAGAAGACACGAUUCCGAAAAACUAAAACCAGCGUAUUAGACAUUAUCAAACAGACGUAUUUCGGAAGGAGUUUGGUAACGGCGUUACGUAUUCGUUUCACAAUUCAAAAAGAAAGCAGAAUAAGUAAACAGGAAAAAGGUAUACGCGCGAGCACGCGUUAGCUCUCGUCAGCGCUAAACGCGUUUAAAAACAUCGGACUACAGGCAUAUUCACCAAAAUCUUGAAAAAAAAUAUUCGCUUCGCAGAGGCGCCUUUGUUCGGCUCGCCCCUCCGGUAUACGUGAUACUACGACUAUACCUAUACAUGCAUGCAUCGCCCUCCGUCAAACUACAACCCGUGCAACGUAGUAGGUACACGAAGCCAGGCUCAACCUCAACGCAGUUCGGCUUGCGCCUCUCUCAUAAUCGCCGUCACGGCUAUAUCUAUAUCUGCGGGUGCCGCGCGCGACGUCGACGGCCGCACGCGCGGUUUCGCAUCUGUCCUUCUCUCGACGUUCGUCCGUCUCUCUCACUCUCCCUCGUAAGUCUCCUCCCCCCGAACUCGGUUCAUUCUACCCGCCGCGGGAGCUGCAGCAGCAAGCAGCGCGAGAGCGAGUACACGCACACGAACUGCGCACCACACAGUCUUGCGGCAGGUUAUGUGUUGAAGAGCGAGAGCGAGAGAGAGAGAGAGGGAGAGAGAGAAAGAGCGAAGCAGCAGAGCGCCCGCGCGUAUCGUCCUUUGCCUCGGUCAGUGCGCGAGAGACACUGCUGCCUGCCGGAGAGAGAGAGAUAGGUCGUGAUAGUGUAUGACUAUAUAAGUAUACUCCGCGCUGUUCCUCGCACGGCUACGACGACGACUGCUGGCUAUAGCAGGAUGGGCCAGGGCACCGAGUCCUCGGAGGCCUGUGCCGACCGGCCCACCGAAGUCAGCGUCAUCAAGUUUGUCUCCAGGAAUCGGACCAUCGAGGAGAUCGCCCCGAAGAAGGAGAUUUACAUGUGCAAACAACGAGGAUGUGGGAAGAUAUUUACAAAUCAAGAGGACUACAAAUCUCACGAAGCUUUGGAGUCUUUGAAGAUCAGGUUUAUUUGUAGAGAACCAGGAUGCGGGGAAGAAUUGCCUGACCCUGGGAGUAUGUGGAGGCACUAUCUAGAAUGGCACAACAGUGAAAACAGUGCUUUCGUCUGUCCAUACACCAGAUGUGCUGCUGCUCACACCAGCAGCGAAAGUUUACAAGAGCACAUCGAAUCCACUCACAGGCAGCUUCCCAGAGUACCCACUGAGCCAGAGAUAAUUUGUUUUGAAGGCCCAGACAAUGUCAUCGAAGAGGAUGUCACAAGGGUCAGCGAGGAUGGAAAUACUUUUGAUAGCAUUCAGAACAUUGUUCAGGAGGCUGCUGACAGUGGAGUAGUAAGGAAAAACGAAUAUUCGUCAAGAAACGAAAUGGUUGGUAGUCAGCAGGUGGAAUAUAGUAUUAAGGAAGACAAAAGAAUAGUGAGUACAAAGGCUCAACAGAAAGAAGAUUUCACGUUAGAGCAGUCCAAACUUAGAGCAGCAUUGAGUCAUAAUGACUAUCAGAAAACUGACGAGACGUUACAAAACAGAGUCGGUACUAAAUUUCCUAAAAAUAAAGACAUACUGAUAACGAAGGAAAAUUUUUAUGUCAAAUACGAGGCUAGAUCACCAGUAUGCACUAGCGAGAACGUGCAUAUAGACAGUACGCAGGAUGAGAGUAACACGGUUUUCAUCAACAGCGACGUUUCCUUAACAAAAAACACCAAUCAAGAGCAUAGGAUAGAGUUAGGGAAUUUGGAAAAAGUCUUCAGGAGUGGAUUUGAACGAGAUUCUCCAAAAUCCGAAGAUAAUAACACCAAUGAACUGAAAAACAACUGUUCCGACGAUGAGGAGUACACUCCGAAAAAACAGCGAAUGUCGAGGUGCAAACAAGAACCUUACAAAUGUGAAAUUAAUGGAUGUGGGAAGACAUACAAAUACAUAUCACAUUUUCGACAUCACCAAGACAGCCACAAAUUAAUUACAAACGCAAUGAAUGCUAAUUCCAAUAAAUCACAGAAACCUAAAGUCGGAAAAGCAACGACCAUAAGUUUUUUCAUCUGCAAAAUGCCGGGGUGUGGUGCACAACUUAGUAAUGUAAAUACCCUUUGGAAACAUUAUCAGGAAAUUCAUGCUAAUGCGAAACCGCCAGGUCCUACAUCAAAAUGUAGUGAAGUAUAUCGGUGCAAAAUCACGGGAUGCGAAAUGGAGUUCGCUACGUCGUUCAUGUUAUACAAACACUUCAAUGAGGUACAUACAAAGAAUUCCAUGAAUAAUCCUAGCACAAAUGUUAAGACUGGAAAUGGGGGUGGAGUGUUGGUUGAACACAUGUUCCAUGAUGACACCACUGCCCAGCGUGUAAACUUUAAGACUGACUUAAAAGCCAAGCACUCUCUAAGCUUGAAUAAGUAUCCUGAUAGUAAGGAUAAAAAUAACCAAUCAUCCGUAGUUAAAGAAGAAUCGGGGGAUUGAUUUUCGUUAGAUUAAAGACUUUUAAGAUAAUGAUACUGUUUCAAAUGUAUCAAAAAUGACACGUCAAAGUAUUUAGCAGAUUCCUGCUUACCGUUAAGAAACGAGCAGUGUAUGUUAAUAAUUAUAAAGAAAAUUUCUCUAAAAAUAUUUUUUAACAGAUCAACUAUAUUAUUUUUGGUUUGAUGUUUAUUAAAUUUUAACGUUCGUAUGUAUAUUUCAUGAGUAUGAAAUAUCAAACUUCAUACUCUCGUCGUUACCAGUAUUGAUACUGGUAUUAGAUAUUUUAUUUCUCGUGUAUUUAUUACUUUGAUAAUAUAUUACAGAGUUUGUGCAUUUUUAGGGAAAUUUUUCAUAAAAAAGCACUUGCAAACUGCUAUCAAGCAUUAUAAAUCGUUAGGCUAAUGAUUCCAAAAUACAAAAUUUUGGAAAUAUUACAUCUUUUGAUAAAUUAAAAUCACACGAUAGUUUACGAGGUUGCAUUGCGAUUACAGAGUACAAUGUGACCAUCGAUGUUCAAAUUAAAAGCGAAAUCAUAUAGCAAUGAAAAACGCCAGUUUUGUAAACUACUUUCUAUUGACUUAAAAAUUGAUACGUAGAAAUCACGUAUAGCUAAAACGUAAAUAGUAUAAUUGUAUUUUGCGAAUUUUUUUUAUAUUAAAAUUGCAUGGACAUGAAAAUAAGUAUAUCAAGUGGUUUUAUUUUUAAAGCUUGCUUAAAAUUUUGCUUCGUUGAUUUUCUAAUUAUUGGAAUUAGUCUUAAGAAUUGGAAUUUCACUGCCAUUUGUAUAAAAGCUAUGCAUUCAUUAUGAAAUUCAGUGUGUCGAAAGUUUUGGUACUCCUUUAUACUACUUGCUAUCAUCGCGUGAACUAUAUACAUGUGUAAAAAAUUAAGAUUUGCUACCGAAGAGUGUGGGCAAGAAAGCAUAAAAUUAGCAUAAAAGUAUUAUUAAAUAAAUAAGUUCCGAUGUCGUAUAGACAACAUCUCACGUCAAUACUUUGUCAAACGAAUUUUCAUUUUCUUCCUCGACAUCGUUGUCCAUUCGCUGAAAUGGAUACACACAUACAUACAUAAAUUUGCUUCCUUGCCUGACGAGUUGGGCUUUUAAUAUUGUAUAGUGUUUUUAUUUAUAAUCUCGGUAUGAUUGUACUCGUCGAAAAAAAAAAAUAUAUUCGUAAAGAAAACCGAAAGCAAACGUUUAUAGUGCAAUAGUAGAUUGUGACAAAACGACAGUAUGCACUUUCAAUAAAUCUAUACAUGUCAUCGUCAUAUUUGAAACCAUCAUGUAAACUAGACUUGGAAUUUUGAUACGUGCACUUGUCAUUUAAUUCUCUUUUCCAAGUUCCGAAUCAACGACAGAACAGAACACAAAAUUAUUUUGUUACUCGUGUUUCAAACGGCGUCUUUUUUACGAUUUUUUUUUGUUAAAAUAAGAUAUAUAUAUAUAUAUACACACUCCGAUAAUUUAUGAUUAUAAACCUAUACGGUGAUAAAUAAAACACGAGUUUUCAUACACGACGAAGUCUCUGAAAUAAAAAAAAAAAAAA